AUGAGUAAUAUCUAUGUUACUGAACCGAUUACAAACGGAAAAGUUGUUCUCAAGACCACGGUUGGGGACAUAGAAAUCGAACUUUGGUCUAAAGAGGCGCCAAAAGCCUGUCGAAAUUUUGUCCAACUUUGUAUGGAAGGCUAUUACGAUGACACAGCUUUUCAUCGUUUGGUUCGUGGUUUCAUUGUUCAAGGGGGAGACCCAACAGGUACAGGCGAUGGUGGUGAAAGCAUUUACGGACAACCAUUCAAGGUGGAGACGCAUUCGCGGCUGAGUUUCAAUCGCCGCGGGCUCCUUGGUAUGGCUUGCCUCUCAGAUACAAUGAACGGCAGUCAGUUCUUCUUCACGCUAGGACCGGCACCCGAACUGACAGGGAAACACACUUUGUUCGGAAAGGUUGCUGGUGAAACCCUCUUCAACAUGCUCCGACUUGGUGAGGGCGAAGUAGGCCCAAACGAAAAACCUUUGCACAUCCAUCGCAUCAUCAACACGAAAGUCCUCCUCAAUCCAUACGAUGAUAUCGUCCUUAGACAACUUCCACCCAAAGUCCCUACGAAGCCUCUGGAGGACGAAUCGAACCAAGUUACUGCAAAGGCAACAAAGAAUUUUUCCCUGUUAUCUUUUGGUGAAGAGGCUGAGGAGGAGGAACAGGUCGCGACCGUAGUCUCGGAGAAACUGCGCAAAAAGGGUAAGAGUGCCCAUGAUCUUCUUUCUGAUCCAAGACUUAGUUCGCAGCCAGUCACCGUAAACGAGCAUGAUGGUGCACUUGUUGCACAGGCGAAGGAGCAAGCUGAGAAAGACGCCGAAUUGCGGCGUCGGCGAAGACAACAGGCGAUGGAAGAUGAUCCGGAUUCAAAGGAGGCUAAAGAGAAGCGCAUUGCAGCUUUGCGAGAAGAAGCGGAGGCUCUCAGGAAGGAGAUUAUCCGAUCCAAACGCCUGGAAAUGCAAAGAGAAUCUCUGGAACGGAUUGCUAAAGAACGCGCCGAAAAAGAAUUGCAAGAACACGCCGAUGCAGAAGCCGUUGCUCUUGCUCGAUGGGAGGCAAGAGAACUUCAAGGAGAAGGCCCCGAGAACAAUAAGCCUGUCGUUUUCGAUCCAGACACCUUCAUUGUCGAUAUAGCUGGAUAUAAGGCGAAAGCGAAGCAAGCCAAGCAGUUGGCGGACCGGGAGGCAUCUACGAUGGCACUUUUAUCCAAGUUUACCGAACGGUUGCGCUCCGUUGUGAAUCCUGAGAAAGAAAAUGUACAUUCCGCAUCGUCCUCUGGAGACAGUUGGUUAAACAACAAGCUUGUCUCUGACGUCCCCGCACCUGCAAGACAAGUCCUUGAUCCUACCAUGCCACAUCCAGACCGUUACGAUUUAUACGAUCCUCGAAACCCGUUGAACGUGCGCAAACGAGGAGGCGAUAUAGCAGACGAGAAACAGCCUUCCACUGGCAAACGCGUUCGGUAG